AUGUGCGUCAUAGAUUUGCAAAUUACACUCUUCCAAUUCAAUCAUUUUGCGGGCGGGUUGCUGGAUCGUUGGGCGGCUUUGGCUCGGAGAGACCCUACUUUCCAGUUGUCAACCCAACCGGGCGUGCUGAGGCACUAUUCGCUGGCCAACUUCUCACAUCUGCAAUCACACAACGUAUUGGUGGAGUUCAAGUACCUCGCGCGUCUUACUGGACGAAAGGAGUAUUUCUUUAGACCAGAUAAUGACACCGACCUUCUGCGCAGACGAAGGAUGGGUUGCGGGCCCGGAAUGUUGCUCAGGAAACACGAAGGGGCGCCACGUAAUGAUGAAGUCAUAACAGGGCAUCUGGUUGGUAGUGACAGGGUAUUCUUUUUCAUGUGA